UAUUGUUGAUGACGCAAUCAGGAUGUAGGCGUUACUGUUUAGGUUAGCGGUGAGCUAGCUACCUGGAGCAGCACAGCAGAUCCAACUUUCGGGAUUUUUCGAGAAUGGUUUUUGCUCUUAAUUAUAUUUUAGUCCUGCUGCGUUUACGGUGUUUCUAACAGUAUAGCGCUGUGUGUUUGAGAGGGGGAGAGAGAGAGAAUGGAGGACGACUUGGUGUGUGAGUAUGACUCCACCUGGGACACUGAGAGCGACGGAGACGAUUUGGGGACCGAAAACGCAACACGGCGCGCGUGUCCCGACAAAAAUAAAAAAGCAAAGGCCGGCUUUUGGUCCAAUUCCUCGUCGAGAAAUCUCCGAGCGGCCAAAGACAUGCAGAACUACAGACACGGCUAUCCGAACAUCAUCGAUGAAGACGGUACAGAAGACAGGAUGCCAAAUUUAAAGUUUUAUCUAAACGAAAUAAAGUCGUCUCCUGAUGACGUGUCCAUCGAGACGUUUCACAGCGAGUGGAAAUCAGAUUAUAAAAGACUUGAAAGAGUUCAUUCCUACAUUCAGUGGUUGUUUCCUCUGCGUGAGCCAGGAGUGAAUUACCUGGCUACAGAGCUGACCAAGAAGGAAAUCCAGGCAUUUCGAGAGAGCGAGGAGGCAAAAAGGCGUCUGGUUGAUUCCUAUGAGCUCAUGCUGGGUUUUUAUGGCAUCCAGCUGACGGACAGAGAAACAGGCGAGGUGAGACGCGCCGAGAACUGGAGGGAGCGCUUCGCUAAUCUGGAGCGGAACAUGCACAACAACCUGCGUAUCACGCGCAUCCUGAAGAGUCUGGGCGAGCUCGGCUUCGAGCAUUACCAAGCUCCACUAGUGCACUUCUUCCUGGAGGAGACGCUGGUGAAGAAGAACCUGAGCAGCGUCAAGCGCAGCGUGCUCGACUAUUUCUUGUUCGCCGUGCGCAACAAGCGCAAACGCCGCGAACUGAUCAGCUACGCCUUCCAGCACUUCGAGCCCAAAGACAAAUUCGUGUGGUGUCCGAGAAGAAUCCAGAAACGCUUCAAGAAGAAAGCGGAGGCAAAGAGGCAGGAUUCACCGAGUAGGAACAAGAGAGAUGGAGAGAAACGAGAGGAAGACGAGUUGAUGCGCUACGAAGGUUCAUCAGUUGACCCAGAACCAAGAGAUGAAGGUUCUUCAGUGGAUCCCUCACCUCUCAACAACGGCAACCAUGUUGAUAACGGAGAGAUGGACCUCACGAGCAGUGAAACAAGCACCGUUAAAAGCGACGAAGAAGAAAAUCAGACUAAACCAGCUGAGAACAUCUCGUCUAAAUCAGAUCAGGACAUGCCCCAGGUCAAGGACGAUGAAGAACCCAAGAAUAUUUCAUCAUCUCAAAAAGGAUCAAGUUUGGGAAAGCAAGUCUCAGAAAGCCCCAAACACAGCUUAAAGUCCUCACCGCUUUCUGAACGGGCAGGAAAAUUUGCCAGAACCAAGGAUAAUACUGAUUUAGGAAUUUCUGAUCAUAUUGAAUCUUCAGGAGACACAUUUUCCACAAGCUCGCUGGAGAAACUAGGUCACAUGGACACAAAAGACGGAGAGAAAACAAACGGCAUGGACACAGGUGAGCUGAUGGACACCGAGCCCAGUGGCGGGGAUUCUUAAAAAAAAUCUUUGGAUGAAUUAGUAUCUAGAUAGGGACAAUAAUUUUGAAAAAAGGAACAUGCAAGAGAGAAUGUGAUGAACUCAAUAUCGAAAUCAAAAAAUGUGAAAUCUAUUCUUUGAAGAACGGUUGAACUUAAUUGUGCUUUUCUGUUUGUCUGUUGAGGUAAAAGAUGUAAAUGUCAUUUUCAGAAAAGCAAGGCUACCUGUAUAUGGAGACGUUAUAUCCUGGCCUAAUUGUUCCUGAUUUUUUUUUUUUAUUAUUUUUUUUUUUUGGCGCUUGUUUUUGUUGUAAUUAAAUUAUUUGGAUUUGGGAACAUGUUUAAAGCUGGAGGAACAUAUGUGUAGAAGAUGAUCGCUGAACGUCAGCAGUUUAUAAUUAGCACUUUUCUUUUUGGAACCAUGAUGAAGGAAGAAAUCAGAAUUGGAGGUGAAAUAUUUAUUCUGAUGUACUACAAAUUUGAUUUAAAAAAAAAAAAAAAAAAAAAAUGCUUGAUAAUGACUCUUCAUGAUUGAUUCAGCGCACUGAACUCUGAUUCCUGUGAUUCAGUUGGUUGAAUCAAUACAAUAUUCUGCCAGAGAUAAUAUUCUGCCAGUUGCACUUAAAUGUGGAAAUAUAUUAAACAGGUUUUCUGACAAAGAUUUAAAUAUUUUAAUUAAUGCGAAGUAGAGAUUGACAGUAAAACAGUUCCUGUAAAAGGCUCAGAGAUGGCGACGGUUCAUUUAAAUUAAAUGCGAGGGGUGGCCCAAAAAUUCCUGGAAUUGCUCACAAAAAAAAAAAAAGAAAACAAAUGCUAGUGUUAUAAAACGUACGGCAUUUCUCCUUUAAUCCCCUUCAAGGUGAUGUGAUAAACUUAAACAUUCCUGGAAACAUUUCCUGCAGUCAUCAUGUCUCGAGUCGCCUGCGUUUGUGGUGACUGGGUGGCGAAUCUUUUCCCCUUCAGGCCCAAUUUUAAUAUCAGGAACAAGUCGCAAAGAGCGAGAUCUGGCGAAUACGGUGGAUGUGAAGCCGUAACCACAUUGUUUCUGGUUAAAACCUCCUUGGAUGACAGCGCAGUGUGUUCAGGUGCAAGAUCCAGCUGGAUGGAUCGGAAGACUGACUCGCCAGACUGUAAGCGUAUACGACCUAGCGGCAAAACCUGCAACUACAUCGAGUGCGCAUGCCACAUUCCGGGAAUUUUAGGGUCCCCUCUUGUUUACACUUACUGGCCACUUUAUUAUGAACACCAUACUAAUACUGGGUAAUACUGGUUGCUCUCAGAAUAGCUCUGCUGACUUGGGAAGCUACUGAAGUACACUCAACUCAAUGUCAUGUCCAUGGAAGCAGCUUGAGACAACAUAGCGCCUUAUUACACUGGAAGUAGCCAUUAUAACAUGGUUAAAUUGUAGCUAUAAAGAGAUGCAUGUGGUCAGCAAUAAUAUUUAGAUAGGCUGGGGCACUCACACAGUGCUCGAAUUGAUAUCACGAUGCCCAGUAAGCAUUCCCCACACUAUCGCACCACCCCCACCAGCCUGAACUGUUGACGCAAGGCUGGUUGGGUUCAUGGAUUCAUGGCGUUGAUGCCAAAUUCUGACCUUACCCUCUGCAUGUUGCACCAGAUGAAGUUUUUCCAGUCUUCUACCGUCCAACGUCUGUGACCAUGAUAGCCUCAGAUUCCUGUUCUGGGCUGACGGGAGUGGAACCUGACGUGAUCUUCUGCUGUUGUUGACUAUCCGCCUCGAGGUUUGACAUGUUGUGCAUUCUGAGAUGCUUUUCUGCUCACCACGGUUGUAAAGAGUGGUUGUUUGAGUUACUGUGGCCUGGAACCAGACUGGCUAUUCUCCUCUGACUUCUGACAAGUCUUUUCCACCUGCAGAACUGCCACUCACUGGAUGGUUUUGGUUUUUCGUACCAUUCUGUAUAAACUCUAUAGAUUGUGUGUAAAAAUCCCAGGAGAUUAGCAGUUUCUGAAAUACUCAAACCAACCCCUCUGGCACCAAGUCACUGAGACCAAAUUUUUCCCCAUUCUGAUGUUUGAAUAUUAACUGAACCUCUUGACCUCCUGAUAUUAUGCAUUGCUUUGCUGACACUUGAUUGGCUGAUUGGAUAAUUGAUGAGCAUGAACGAGCAGGUGGAGGAGUGAAGGUGUUCCUAAUAAAGUGGCUAGCGAUAGUUUUUUUGUGGUUAAGUAUUCAAGAUCGCAAAGUUGAAUUUAGAUUGUUUCCAAUAAAAUAGAAUCACAAACUUU